UCCGGGAACGGUGGUAAAUCCCACGGACAUAUGACAGACGAUGACUCCGGUACCUGGGCUCCUGACGGGGGCUACGGAUGGGUGGUGGUCGGUGGAAGCUUUCUCGCUCAUCUUGUCAUCGGAGGAUUUAUGCGAUCAGGAGGAGUAAUUUUUCUGGAACUACGAGAAAAAUUCAACGAAUCUGCAGCAGAUACGGCAUGGGUCAUAUCACUGGCAGUCACCGUUCGCAUGCUUUUUGGUCCAUUAGCCAGUGCCCUGUGCAAUCGAUUCUCCUGCCGUACCGUGGUAAUCAUUGGCGGUGUCUUAUUGUGUGUGGGCGUGUUGAUAAGUGGAUUUACACCAAACUUGGCAUUCUUAUUCUUCAGCUAUUCAUUAGUGGGAGGUAUUGGACGAGCCUUCAUUUACACGCCAGCGGUUAUAAUCGUUGCCCUGUACUUCGAGAGAAGACGGGGGACUGCGGCGGGGAUCGCUAACGCCGGAAUCGGCUCCGGAACAUUUUUGGUUCCACCUAUUGUUGAAAUUCUUUUCCAAAACUUUGGGUUUACCGGAGCUUUUAUCCUGUUAGCUGCUUUUGGAUUACAAUCCUGUGUUUCUGGCGCUUUAUUUCGACCUUUGGCUCUGCAAAACCGAAUUACAAAACGAAAACCAUAUGAAACAGAGAUUGAAAUCAAAGAACCAACUUUAUGUGAAGUUAAAAGCACUCAAGGAAACAACGGGUUUUCAUAUAACGGCGUAAAAUCUCCUCUGUUUCCAACGGUACGUGCAGACGAAAAUGAAGUCACCCGAAGUUUGCCAAACCUACUGCAAACGAACAAGAAGUUUCUAAGCACUUUAUCUGCAUCUCUUAUUUUGCAUGGAGCAAGCUCAGAAGUUAUAAACUUAACCGGAAGUGUACAACUAUACAAUGGAUCUCGAAAAUCGUUAAAUUCAAAAACGGUUGAUUCUGAAAAUGAAAUUAAGCAAUCUAGUGUUAGUGCAAGUCCAGUACUUCUCAAUCUGUCGCUUUUGCGGAAUAUUAAGUUUCUAAGUUUUUGUAUAGGAAUUUGUUUGUACACGCUGUCUUUCCAAGCCUUCUACGUAUUUCUGCCUCCUUUAGCCAUUCAAAAUGGUCAGUCUGACAUAGAGGCGGUCUAUGUUGUUUCCAUCGCAGGUGCUCUUGAAACGAUCGGAAGCAUCUCAUCCGGCAUUAUACUAGACUUACCAAUGAUCAAACCACACAGACUGCUGAUCUAUAACAUAGUUCUAUUUAUACUUGGUAUAUUAACGUUUAUCACACCAUUCCUGGGAGUGUUUGAAUGGCUUUCGUUUACUUGUGGAAUAUACGGGUUUCUGUUAGGCUCAGGACUUGCACAGAAAGCUACACUAGUGGUGGAUAUAUUAGGUGUGGAGCAUGUAGUUAGUUCCCUUGGAUUACUGGUGUGUUUCCAAGGCUUUGGGGUUUUAUUUGGCCCACCUCUGUCAGGUCUUUUAAAGGACUUUUACGGACUUUAUGGCCCCGGAUUCUACUGCAGUGGUGCGGCUAUGAUUGCUAGUGGGAUAGUCCAGGGUCUAGGCGGCAUAAUUCACCAUGUAUACCAACGAGAGAAAUAAAACUGUGAUAUAAAACAAUCACAUGUAACAACAGAGUAUGCCUCAUAUCCAUCACUGUAGCCAUUUCCCAUCACAGUACUACAAACGCAGGCUUGUGCCUUCUGUAUACUAAUAUUUCCUACACGAAACAAGGCCUCAGGCAAACAGUUUGGUUCUUGGGUCCGACAAAAUGCAUGUUGCCCUCGAACCCAGUCAAUAAAUGUAUAAUAUCA